AUGGCCGCCGUGAAAAUCCUACCCUGGUUAUGGAGCCUGCUGUCGGUGGUGAUAGAGAGGAUCCAGACCUUCACUCUGGCCAGCCCAUUGGCCAAGUUCCUCAACGGUCUGGAGAUCCUGCUCAGUAAAGCUCAGGACUGGGAGAAUAACGCCAGCCGCUCAGUCUCUCUGCGUAAGGAACUGGAAGCAGUCACCCAGCUCAUCAUCCAGUGGCGCAAACUGGAGCUCAGUUUCUGGUCGAGCAGUCUGGACAACGCUUUGAAGCGGCACACUGAGAGAUCCACCAAACACUGGUUCUCCAUCUACCAGCUGGUGGAGAGGUACCUGGAGGAGCAGAAGCAGGAUGCUGAGAAAGGUGAGGAGGAGGUGGAGCGCCUGUCCCUGUCCUCUGUGUGCUCAACCCUCCAGGCCUUCAUGGAGGGCUCCACCCUGGGACAGUUCCACACCCGCCUGGACACGCUGCUCAGCUUCCACUGCCACCUGCUGCUGCUGGACCCCCAGCAGCCUGGACAAGAGCCAUUGUCCAGUCUACUGUGGAACCUGCACAAAUACUACAGCCAGUUCUCUGACGGCAUCCAGACCAAGAUCACUUCGCUCAGGCAGCCCAUCGAGAAGGAGCUCAAGGACUUUGUCAAGAUCUCCAAAUGGAACGAUGUCAGUUUCUGGUCCAUCAAGCAGUCAGUGGACAAGACGCAUCGGACUCUCUUCAAGUUUGUGAAGAAGUUUGAGGCGGCUCUGAGUGGGCCGAGUGCCCCCUCUCUGGUGGAGGAGGGGAGCAGCGCCAGCCUGGACAGUGUGGAUGCUAACCCAGAGGAGACCCCCCUCCAUCGGGUCCACAAGGCUCUGAAGAACACCCUGCCUGGGAAGGGCCGAGAUCUGCAGCUUGAGGUCCCAGAAGAAGGUGUGGAGGCCUCCUCUCUGCAGGGCCGCCUGCCGGCUCUGACCCGGAAGAUGAAGAAGCUGUGCGUCCAGCUGCAGAAGAAGAACCCGGCGCCGGAGCUGGCUGAAGACCUGGACUGCUUCACUGGUGAGGUGAUCAGCAACCUGCGGGACCUGCAGAACCUGACCGUGGACAUGACGGCAGAGAAGGAGAAGCAGAAGUCUGAAGUGAAGCACAUCCUACAGCAGAAGCAGAGAGCUCUGUCUGAACUGUUCAAGAUGCUCGCAGGAAUAGGUCUGUCGUACCGUAAAGGCCUGCUGUGGAACCGGACCGCCGACCCAGAGAGGAACCUGUGUAUGCAGCCGCUGGAGAUGACCACCGCUCUGUCUGCUGUCAGGAACCAGGAGCAGGCUGAGAGCAUGUUGUUCACAGAGCUGUUGGCAGCCUGGGAUGGAUGUCAGAAGUACUUCUACCGCUCCUGGGCGAGGAGGAGCGCCAUGCUGACAGCUCUGCAAAACGCUGCCAAGGAGCUGGGUGUUGCGAACAUCGACCGCUGCAGAGGCUUCUCCUCUCACCUCUUCAAGCUGCCUCCUCCAGCAGAGGCAGCGCCUGGCCGGGCUGACGGCGCGCAGUGGCUCCACAUCAGAGCCAAUGCUGUCCUCCAAUGCUGA